AUGUCUUCACUACGGGCUGCUUUCUCGGUACUAGCCUCUCGACUCGCGAACGAGGGUGUCACCGUCGUCAGCCUUGAACAUGCCAUUGCUGCGCCGUUCUGCACCCGCCAGCUGGCGGACAUGGGUGCUCGAGUCAUCAAAAUCGAGCGACCCGGAGUUGGUGAUUUUGCCAGGGCCUACGACACUCGCGUCAACGGUAUGGCUUCCCACUUUGUCUGGGCGAACCGCUCAAAGGAGAGUUUGGCUUUAGACCUCAAGAAACCAAAAGACUUUGAGGUACUGAGCAAGCUCCUUGACAAAUCAGACGUCUUGGUCCAAAACCUUGCCCCUGGAGCCACUCAAAGAUUAGGCCUUGGUUACGAUACCCUGAAAAAUACCCAUCCGUCUCUGAUUGUCUGCGAUAUCUCAGGAUACGGUUCAGAUGGGCCGUACAGAGACAAGAAAGCCUACGAUCUUCUCGUUCAGAGCGAAGCAGGUUUUCUCUCCGUCACAGGAAACGGCCCGGAUCUAGCGAAAGCAGGCAUCUCGAUUGCUGAUAUCUCUGCCGGCAUGUAUGCCUACUCCAACAUUCUCGCCGCAGUGAUCAAGCGAGGCAAGACGGGCAAAGGCUCUCGGAUAGAUAUUUCCAUGCUCGAAAGCAUGGUCGAGUGGAUGAACUUCCCACUCUACUACACUUACAACGGCGCCCCUGGUCUUGCUCGGUCUGGAGCAGCUCACGCCUCCAUAUACCCCUACGGACCUUUUGAGACGGGCGGCGGCGGCUCUGUCAUGCUAGGGGUCCAGAAUGAGAGGGAAUGGGCUAAUCUUUGCCGGACCGUGCUUGGCGAUGAAGCGUUGGCCAAAGACCCGCGGUUCGUGAGCAACACGCUCCGUGUGAAGAACCGAGAUGUGUUGAAGGAAAUCAUCUCCAAUCAAUUCGCAAAGUUCUCUGCUGAAGAGGUUCUACAAAAACUGGAUUCUGCGUCUAUUGCUAAUGCCAAUGUCAAUGACAUGCAAGGCGUAUGGGAACAUCCACAACUGCGAGCAAGAGGGAGGUGGACCAAUGUCGAGACACCAAGCGGCACAAUUCCUGCCCUGAUCCCCCCUGGUUUUGCUUCGGUGGAGGCGUCAAGAAUGGAUAAAGUACCUGAGCUUGGCGAGCAUAAUGAGGCCAUUUUCGAGGAAUUAGGGGUCAAGCCAUGA